CUUUCUAAGGUUAUCUACUUCUAAGAGGAUUCAUCUCCUUAUCUACCUAAACAAUUACAAUUAUUCAAAUAAUCAAUGAUUAUUAUAAGAUGAUUACCAUCGCACUCCUCGGGUGGUAACCAUAUAUAAUCCAUCAAGAUCCCUUUGUAAACCAUCCAAUCCUUUCCAAUGGCGAAGAUCUACCCUCAAGCUCUUCUCUCCACUUCAUCGUCCAAAAACAUGACUUCCAAAAGAGAAAUUUUUACAAUAUGGAUGAAAUCAUUAGUAUUCAAUGGCAAUGGUUGCACCAUCUUCGAUUCCGAUGGUCAGAUCAUUUACCGCAUCGACAACUACGAUAACAAGGGCAGCGAUGAAGUUUAUCUUAUGGAUCUUAGAGACAAAAUUCUAUUUACCAUACUUAGAAAGGUGAGAACAUCUACUUAUAAAUCGACCGAGUCGCUACCAGAUAGUAGGAAAGGCGGGCGGGCCAGCUUGCAAGAUUCAUCUGUUUAUGACAUGGACCGGGCUCGUUCGAACCUGAGUCAGGUAGCAACUCGACUGAGUCAGGUUGAGUCACCUUAUAAAGCCGAGUCGAUUCCGAGUGAGACUAGUCAUCAAUCCUUAGUACCUUGUGAUAAUAGCAUUUUCAAAUUCUAUUCAGUUGGUUCUAAUUUGUUAUUUGGAAUUUGUUUGUUUGGACAGCUCAAGCAGAAGCAAUCAAGCUCAGGAAUAGUGUUGGGAGACGAUGUAUUGAGCUUGGUGGUGGAGCCCAACACAGACCAUUCCCUUAUCAUGGGCCUUGUGGUGGUGCAUGGACUGAUCAAUCAUUGCAUGUGAAAACAUCUCACUCUUCAUACCUAAUCCAAAGAGUUCAGAUGCGGACUAGGCCGAGUAAAAUCAAGAUUUUGAGUAGCCCAUCUUGGUAGGCCCGGCCCAACCAUUUCAAAAUCCGGCCCCACACAACAUGGGCUUUGAAAAUGGUCUUUUUAACAUA